AUGCAUCACAUUCUGUUCUUCACGACCACCCUCCUCCUAUGGGCCUGCACUGGUUGGUGCGCACCUCUGAGCUACGCCAUCGAGUCCGAUCGAACCCUUCGCAAACUUCCCCCCUCCGCUCUGGACAGCUCGCCCUGGACGUCCGUCCGAUACCCGCACGUGGCCGAGCUGGUCGAGGAGCCACUUGGCCGCAGCCAGCGCGCGAUUCACGGAAUUGUCGUGGAGCCUCCGUCGCCCGUCACGACGUCGCACCGCACAUUGGGGGAGCUGAUGCACCAAGAAGAGCAUCGCACACUCGGGGAGCUGUUGCGCCAAGAAGGACCGGACGUUCACCGCGGUACUGCGGAGGAAGCGGGUCGGAACGGAGGUAUAGCGGACGAGAGGAUCGGUCGGCCCAGAGGGGUUCCUCCGCGCGAUCUAGGCGGUGGCAGUCUAGAGAUCGUCGAGGUCGAAAGAUUGGCGAGUAGCAAGGGCGUGUGGAAGAGGAUCAAGGGGUGGUGGAAGCACCUUUAG